AUGAGCUCCUUUCGACCCAUUUCUACUCAGCAGGACUAUCUCUACCUCACUAAACUUGCCAGAGUUGAUUAUUAUUUUAGACAUCAAAUUGGCCUAGAACCAAUUGGAGCGCUCCGCCCAGACUUUGCUCAAGAAAGUCUCGACCUCAUUUCUCUUUGCAGGCUAAUUUCGAGUCUGGGGUAUUCUGAAUGUGUUGGUGACACUUUGGCUUUUAAUUUAGACAAUUCUUCGAUAUUGACCACUCCCUGUGGUGUUUCUUGGUCGGUUCUUAGGGCUCAAGAGCUAAUUUGUGUGACGGAAAGUGGCCUUUCUGACCACAGGACAAAUUCUCGUGGAUAUAAUACUCUUUUGUACAAAAUAAACAAAUCUAUUUUCCACUCUUUUCCCGAAUUGAAAUUUGCUGCAUUUCUUUGUUCGCCAAUGUUUAUCGCGACAUCGAUGGACAAAUCCCGGAGAAUGCAGGCGGGCGUUUCCAUUCUUGAAAUGAACGAUUUGGGAGGAAUCGGCCUUGAACCAACUGAAAUACUAGCAAAAUUGUCAUAUUCUAUUUCGGUACGAAAUCUGAUACAUUUUAAGGCGUUGUUAAUUCAUGGACUCGGGGCAAUAGUCAUUUCUCGUACAGCUGACGAGCUCUUUAUAUCACUUAAAAAAUUGAUAGAUUCUUUUCCAUUUGCUUCUCCGAGUAAUUCCAAUUUGAAUUUUCCAAUUUUUGCCGAUUUUUCUGAUUGGAAUUCCUAUGUACAAAUUCAAGAAAUAAGUUUGGUGGGACUGACUUUGGUGGUUCAAUAUCUCAUAAAAUUGAUUUAUUUAGUUAUUAUGGGCAUCACCGGACUAACAAAGUUGAUAGGAGAUUACGCCCCUAGUGCUAUUAAACACCCACAACUUAACAAUUUAUUUGGUAAAAACUAA